AUGACCCCCAUGCUGAGCGCGGCGGCCGCCCGGGGCAGAUGGCCCCGCUCGAGCGCCGCCCGGAGGGCUGCCUGCCUGCUGGCCGCGGCGUACGCGCUGAAGACGCUGUACCCGCUGCUGGACAGGCGCCUGCGGCCGGCAGCCGCCGCCGCCCGCCGGGCUGCGGCCACCGCGGAGCCGCCGCCGCCGCCGCGCUGCCCCGAGGCCGGGAGCGGCUGCGGACGGCGCUCGCCCGCGCUGGACGCGGAUUUCUUCCGCCAGCUCCUGGCGCUUCGGAAAAUCCUCUUCCCGAGCCUCGUGAGCCCCGAGACGGGGUGGCUGUGCCUGCACUCGGCGGCGCUGGUCUCCAGGACGUUCGUGUCCAUCUACGUGGCCGGCCUGGACGGCAGGAUCGUGAGGAGCAUCGUGCAGAAGCAGCCGCGCGCCUUCGCGGUGCAGCUGGCCAAGUGGCUGAUGAUCGCCAUCCCGGCCACCUUCGUCAACAGCGCCAUCCGCUACCUGGAAUGCAAGCUGGCGCUGGCCUGCAGGACCCGCCUGGUGGACCGCGCCUACCAGACCUACUUCGCCGACCAGACUUACUACAAGGUGGUCCACAUGGACGGCAGGCUGGCCAACCCCGACCAGUCCCUGACCGACGACAUCACCAUGUUCUCGCAGUCCGUGGCCCACCUGUACUCCAACCUGACCAAGCCCAUCCUGGACGUGAUCCUCACGUCCUACACCCUCAUCCGGACCGCCAGGUCCAGAGGGGCCAGCCCCAUCGGGCCCACCGUGCUGGCGGGGCUGGUGGUCUACGCCACGGCCAGGGUGUUAAAGGCCUGCUCGCCCAGGUUUGGCAAACUGGUGGCGGAAGAGGCCCACAGGAAGGGCUACCUGCGCUACGUGCACUCCAGGAUUAUCGCCAACGUGGAGGAAAUUGCCUUUUACAGAGGACACAAGGUUGAAAUGAAGCAACUCCAGAAGAGUUACAGAGCUCUGGUGGACCAGAUGAACCUUAUCUUAUCCAAGCGCCUGUGGUACAUCAUGAUCGAGCAGUUCCUGAUGAAGUAUGUGUGGAGCAGCAGCGGACUCAUUAUGGUGGCUAUACCUAUUAUCACUGCAACUGGCUUUGCAGAUGGUGACCUGGAAGAUGGCCCCAAACAAGCUAUGGUCAGUGAACGGACAGAAGCCUUUACCACUGCACGGAAUCUACUGGCCUCUGGUGCUGAUGCUAUUGAAAGGAUCAUGUCUUCAUACAAAGAGAUCACUGAAUUAGCAGGUUAUACUGCUCGAGUGUACAAUAUGUUUUGGGUCUUUGAUGAAGUAAAAAGAGGCAUUUAUAAGAGAGCCAGUGUCAUUCAAGAACCUGAAAACCAUGGCAGGAAUGGGGUUGACAUAGAGUUACCUCUCAGUGACACACUGGCAAUCAGAGGAAAAGUUAUUGAUGUGGAUCAUGGAAUUAUUUGUGAAAAUGUCCCCAUAAUUACACCAGCUGGAGAAGUGGUGGCUUCAAGGCUAAACUUCAAAGUAGAAGAAGGAAUGCACCUGUUGAUAACUGGUCCCAAUGGUUGUGGGAAGAGCUCUCUCUUCAGAAUUUUGAGUGGACUCUGGCCGGUGUAUGAAGGGGUCCUCUACAAACCCCCUCCUCAGCACAUGUUCUACAUUCCACAGAGGCCGUACAUGUCUCUUGGGAGUCUUCGGGAUCAAGUCAUCUAUCCUGAUUCAGUGGAUGACAUGCAUGAGAAAGGCUAUACAGACCACGAUUUGGAAUGUAUUCUACACAACGUCCACCUCUAUCAUAUAGUUCAGAGAGAAGGAGGGUGGGAUGCUGUGUUGGACUGGAAGGACGUCUUGUCGGGAGGGGAGAAGCAAAGAAUGGGCAUGGCACGCAUGUUCUACCACAAGCCAAAAUAUGCAUUGCUGGAUGAAUGUACCAGUGCUGUCAGCAUUGACGUGGAAGGGAAGAUAUUUCAGGCUGCGAAAGGGGCUGGAAUCUCCUUACUGUCUAUCACACACAGGCCUUCUCUCUGGAAAUACCACACUCACUUAUUACAGUUUGACGGUCAAGGAGGCUGGCGCUUUGAACAGCUGGACACUGCUAUCCGUUUGACGUUGAGUGAAGAAAAACAAAAGCUGGAAUCUCAGCUCGCCGGAAUUCCCAAAAUGCAGCAGAGACUCAAUGAACUGUGCAAACUUCUCGGGGAAGACUCAGCUCUGAAGACAAUGAGAUACGCAAAGGAGAGCUCCUAGUUUGUUUUUAAAGGUAAAUUUUAGGUGAAGACUCAGAGACACGGCCCCAGUGCAUGCCGUCUGCUAAGCUAAGCACAGAGAAAGGAAGACAGCAGGAAACGUUUGACAAGAUUUCACAUCAAGGAAGUACCCGAUCUGACUUUUCAGAAGAAAAUAAACAGAUACAUUAUGUAAGAUUAGUCAUUAUGGCUUAUGCUAAUUCCUAAUGAAAACCAAGUUCACCUGUGAAACAGGAUUUUCUAGGUGAAUUCGUGAUGAAUACCAGAUUUACUGUGCAUAAUUGAUGUGUCUGAAGCACUUAACCAGUGUGGGAGUCGUCUGAGAAAAGAAACCACUUGGGUUGAUAGCAGGUGCAUACCCUGAGAACUCUGGGCGAUGUUUAGCCCAUGGAUGCUUGACAUUAGGUUUCAUAGCUCAAAUUCAUGCUCCUCAUUGCUAGAGCCCACUGAAAAAUAAAACCGUGUAUAAAGUAGCUGGCAGUUUGAUAAAUCACUUCAAUAUUUUUAAACAAUUCUUUGAAUGGCAAUGGUUGAAAGAAAAAAGCGUAGCUAUGCAUGAAUGAACUGCCAUGUUUUUAAGUUUUAGGCUGUGAACAUCUUAUUGCAGGCACAUAAGUUAAUUUUAAUGACAAUCUUACCUACUUGUUAAUAAAUCCUCUCAUUUUAAGAGUUGCCAACAUAGGAAAGGGGCAUCCUAAUCACUUUCAUCUCAACCUGUUUUUUAUUUUGCUUGGCAGCAUUAUCUAUUGCAAUUUCUGUCCGAAAUACUCAGCCAAAUUUUAUGUCCCAGAAAGUCCACAUUUUAAAAAUUGCACACUUGCAGUACCAUAACAUGGUGAGGUAUCCAAAAGUUCCUGGAAAAUGGGAUUAAAAGAUAAUGCAAUUAAAAGAUAAUGCACAUUUUCCAUGAGAUUUUUGAAGACCUCUGAUAGAAUAUAGAGAUUCUGAAAAUCACAAUAAGAACAGCAUACACUGAAAUAAUACUUUGCAGUUUACAAUGCCCAUGUAUUUCAUGUCAUGAUAUUCCUUGUGGUGAUCUUUUGAGACAUGUUGGUUCUCCUACUUUGCUUUUGAGAAAACUAAACUCAGAUUUGCCCGAACCAUGCAGUCUAGGUAGGGAGAAUUCCAUGGGUCACACAAAGUUCUCCUGAGUCCCAGCUGAGUAAUGUUUCCAUUGUUACCCCUGAAAUCUA